AUGGCUCAUAGUUAUCAAGAUGACAUGAUGGGGGGUGCCGAUAGUGCUAUUCAGCUAGAAGCCCCCAACCAGCCACUAUUCAGCGAGCAGGAACAGCGUGUACUGGAUCUCUAUGAGCGGAUGGAGGAGCUGCAGUUGGAGAUUGCUCUUUUGAAGGUCCAAGGAGUCUUGUCACAAGAUAUGGAUGAAGAAACAGAGGCAUCCCAAGCCGAUAUCAACACCGCGCAGCAAGAUCUCUUGAAAGCCAAGGCGGCGUAUCAGGUCCGGAACAGCAUUAUCGAAAAUGUGCUCGUGGCAAAUCCCAUCUUGAAGGCUGUUCAUUCGGGGAAUAAUGCUACUAUUGCGGAACAGGACUUGCUACCGCUAGUUAAGCAGCGGGAUACGCUCUCUGGGUCUUUAACGGAGUUAAAUUUAAAGGUUCGUGCUACAAGGGAUGAUCUGGCCAAAGUCGAGGCGGAACAUAUCGUUGCUGCUCGCCAGAACGCCGAGCUGGCGGGAAGGUUGACGGUGCUUGCGGAGCAGGCCAAUGCUCAGAAAAGGCAAGAUGUUGACCCGAAGAAACGGGAGCAGUUGGCGGAGUUGGAAGCAAAUCUGAAGGCGAGUCGGCAGAAGUGGAGGAUUAUGAAGGGCACGGCAACCGGCACUAUUGUUGGGAGUGGAGUUGACUGGGUUCGGGAUCCCAAGUUGUUGGAGGUUGUCCUGGAUGAUGAUGAUGCUGGAGGGUAG